AUGUGGAGGAACCUUGAAGAGCGAAGAGCCAUUGAAGAAGGGACCCCUGGAAGCAGGAAAACAAGAUAUGGCUAUUCUACUGUUAUUGAACAAAACAACUUAUUCUUACUUUCCAGGGGGCAGAUGAUUUCUGCUGAAGAUUGUGAAUUCAUUCAAAGGUUUGAAAUGAAAAGAAGCCCUGAGGAGAAGCAGGAGAUGCUUCAAACUGAAGGCAGCCAGUGUGCUAAAACAUUUAUAAAUUUGAUGACUCAUAUCUCCAAGGAACAGACAGUUCAGUACAUACUAACUAUGGUUGAUGAUAUGUUGCAGGAAAAUCACCAGCGUGUUAGCAUUUUCUUUGACUAUGCUAAACGUAGCAAGAACACUGCGUGGUCCUACUUUCUGCCAAUGUUGAAUCGCCAGGAUCUCUUUACUGUUCAUAUGGCAGCAAGAAUUAUUGCCAAAUUAGCAGCUUGGGGAAAAGAACUGAUGGAAGGCAGUGACUUAAAUUACUAUUUUAAUUGGAUAAAAACUCAGUUGAGUUCACAGAAACUGCGUGGUAGCGGUGUCGCUGUUGAAACAGGAACAGUCUCUUCAAGUGAUAGCUCUCAGUAUGUUCAGUGUGUUGCCGGAUGUCUGCAGCUGAUGCUUCGGGUCAAUGAGUACCGCUUUGCCUGGGUAGAAGCAGAUGGCGUAAACUGCAUAAUGGGAGUUUUGAGUAACAAGUGUGGCUUUCAACUCCAGUAUCAAAUGAUUUUUUCAUUAUGGCUCCUGGCAUUCAGUCCUCAAAUGUGUGAACACCUGCGGCGCUAUAAUAUCAUUCCUGUUCUGUCUGAUAUCCUUCAAGAAUCCGUCAAAGAGAAAGUGACAAGAAUCAUCCUGGCAGCAUUCCGUAACUUUUUAGAAAAAUCAACUGAAAGAGAAACUCGCCAGGAAUAUGCUCUGGCUAUGAUUCAGUGCAAAGUUCUGAAACAGUUGGAGAACUUGGAACAACAAAAGUAUGAUGAUGAAGAUAUCAGCGAAGAUAUAAAAUUUCUUUUGGAAAAACUUGGUGAGAGUGUCCAGGAUCUUAGCUCAUUUGAUGAAUACAGUUCAGAACUUAAAUCUGGAAGAUUGGAAUGGAGUCCUGUGCACAAAUCUGAGAAAUUUUGGAGAGAAAAUGCUGUGAGGUUAAAUGAGAAGAAUUAUGAGCUCUUGAAAAUUUUGACAAAACUUCUGGAAGUGUCAGAUGAUCCACAGGUCUUAGCUGUUGCAGCUCAUGACGUUGGAGAAUAUGUGCGGCAUUAUCCACGAGGCAAACGGGUUAUUGAACAGCUUGGUGGGAAGCAACUGGUGAUGAACCACAUGCACCAUGAAGACCAGCAGGUUCGCUACAACGCUCUUCUGGCUGUUCAGAAGCUCAUGGUGCACAACUGGGAAUAUCUUGGGAAACAGCUCCAAUCUGAGCAACCUCAAACUGCUGCUGCUCGAAGCUGAACCUUACCAUUUAACCUGUGACGGAACACCUGGAGUGUGAAUCUCAGUGGUUACAUAAUUUUUCAUUUUACUUGUAAUUUUCUUCUGUUAUGUAGCUUUUCCCACUGCUAAUCUGAUAAAAGUGUUUGUCCAUUAAGUUGUAUAAAGCAGACGCUUUCUGUAUCUAAGGAAAAUAUUACUGUUACAUAUACUGCUUGUAAUUUCUGUAUUUAUUGUUCUCUGGAAGUGAAUAUGGUUAUUAAAGGAUUCUCACUCCAAAUAUAGUUUUCUCUUUACUAGUUCCUUGCUUAGACUUUAACAAAUAUCUCUAUUGUCUCAACAAAAUUGGGAGAAUUGUUGCAAAGUAAUGAAUGGCAAAUAAAUGUUUUGAAAUUCUA